AUGGCUGGAUCUCAGAUUGGGUACGCAGUCAAGGGUAGGUCCUGCUCAUCCCCAGGACCCAAGGAUGUGGUGGCAGACACGCAGAUCAUGUCCAGUGUGGCCAGUGGCAUUGAGUCCUUGCACUGCUGGGCACUGAGCAUUCUGAGUGAACCACCUCCUAAGCACACGCCCAGUAACAACUGUGUCCCCGUGGAUAGGCACCCAACCCGAAAGAGCAGGCCCUACGACAGCAUGGUGUUCCCAAUCAUCAGCCUGUGUGACCCGUUGAAGAUGCCAGGAUCCCAUGUCAUAGGCCUCCGCCACCAGCUGGGUGUGAACCCUGGAGACCAGGGUGUGGAGGCGAGAUCUGAAGGUGGCUGGGCAGCAGUGGGAACUGGCACAGAACCAUUUCCCGUAGGCUUGGUGCAUCGGCAAGAGCCCAGGGCAAGGCUGGUGGACACAAGAGGAAACCUCCAGGCCCCAUACGCCUCCACAAGGCCGACAUUCACUCUCCCAUCAGUGGGCCACCAUGGGGAGGGGAGACAUGCAUGAAGCUCCAAGCAUAGGCAGAGCAUGAGACGUGAGUGUACUACCUGUUCUCGUGCAAAAGAGAAAUCUGAAUUCCAGAGAAGUGAAGAAAUUUCUCCAGGGUCAUGUAAUCACCAAAUGAUGUCUGAUUUGACAAUCCCUGCUCUUUGUGCCACACCAUGAUUUAGGCAGCUGUUCAGAAAAACGGAAGAAGAGGUGUCAGCAGUGGAAACACCCUUGAAGGCGGUCAGAUUUCAUAGGUAA